AUGCAGCGAGUUAUAGCAUUCAUUCUACGUUUUAUACACAAUAUUAAAAAACCCAGUAGUGAACGUAAAUUUGGUCCACUACUUAGUACAGAAUUAGCAAUAUCUCAUGACUUGAUUAUACGUUUAGUCCAAUCCAGUUGCUUUAAAAAAGAAAUAGAAUCAAUUAAAGCUGGGGAAUCACUUCCUUCAUGUAGCAAAUUAAUUCCAUUAAAUCCGAUCAUAAACGAAGACGACAUUUUACGUGUUGGAGGUAGACUUGCUUAUUCUUCUAUUGCUGAAGAACAACGUCACCCAAUCUUAUUACCUGCUCAGCAUCACGUGACUAAAUUAAUUAUCAAAGCCGAACAUUUUCGACUUAAACAUGCAGGUAUGCAAGCAACACUAUACUCAGUUCGCCAAAAUUAUUGGCCGUUAAAUGGACGCAGCGUCACACGUAGCUUGAUUCGUAAAUGCAUACCUUGUUUUCGCGCAAAACCGCGUCUUGCUAAUCACCCGAUGGGAACUCUUCCCACUCAGCGGGUCACAUCUUCGCGUCCUUUCUUACGCGUAGGAGUUGAUUAUUGUGGACCCUUUUAUAUAAAAGAAAAACGUCAUCGUAAUCGCGGCCGCGUAAAGGUUUACGUGGCAGUAUACAUUUGCAUGUGCACAAAGGCUGUUCAUUUGGAACUUGUCAGUGACCUUACCACUGAAGCAUUUUUAGCCAGCCUCAAGCGACUUUUUUCAAGACGAGGAAAAGCAAUAGAAAUUCACUCCGAUAAUGCUACUAACUUUGUCGCAGCCAAAAGCGAGCUAAAUGGGCCCUAUGCUUUAUUUAAUUCGAAAGCGCAUCAAAAUAUAAUAACUGAAUUUUGUAACGCAGAAAAGAUUGAUUGGCACUUUAUCCCCCCUAGAGCUCCGCACUUUGGUGGAAUCUGGGAAGCCGCGGUAAAAUCAUUUAAGCAUCAUUUAAUUAGAACCGUGGGUGAUGCCUUACUUACUUUUGAGCAAUUAGAAACAUAUAUCAUUGAGAUAGAAGCUAUCCUAAAUUCAAGGCCAAUUUCUCCCUAUGUCAUCCGAUCCCUAAUGACCUUCUUCCCUUAA